AUGACUCCUCACCGGGAGCGACCGGUCCGAGGUGGAGGGGGAAGGCACGAUCGCGGCACGCGUCGCGAAGGGAGUGGUGGGGGAGAGGGUAUAUAUAGGAGUGGGGGGCGCCGCGUGCCUCACUCGGCCUUAGUAACUCAACAAGGGCACGUCAGCUCUGUGUCUAAUAGUGAUGACGUCUGUCGUCGGCAAGCCUCUAUCUCUCUCGUCUCUUGGUGUCAAGCGGAACGCAGUCAUCGUCGAGAACUCUCCCCAUAUCAAGUCAGAACCCUCCGACAGGACGACCGUCUUAGUCGACAACACCUCAGAAGUCCGGUGCAAGAGGAGGAUCAACUUCGCGUAUACCGGGAUGCAGCCCGCGAGCGUGGCGAGGCGAAACGCCAGGGAGAGGAACAGGGUGAAACAAGUGAACAACGGAUUCGCUACCCUCAGGAACCAUAUACCGCUUUCGGUAGCGGCGGCUUUGGGCGCUACGAAUACCGGCAGGGGGGCCUCCAAGAAGUUGUCCAAAGUGGAAACCCUCAGGAUGGCCGUGGAGUACAUCCGAUCCCUCCAGGACUUGCUGGACGAUUCCAAUUCGCCGCCCCCCUCAACCUCCUCCUACCACAGCGAACCCGGCUACCACGCGUAUUCGCAAGAACCCAUGUCCCCCGAAGACGAGGAGCUGCUGGAUUACAUCUCGUGGUGGCAACAGGCUCAGUAACAUUCGGCUAUCUCAGCAUAUACCUGGGUCCUCCGCUUGAAUGGGGUCCCGACAAUGGAGCGGGGUUGGAACCAAGACCUCGAGUACAAAAGACGAAGGGGGAGCAGAAUCUUGUUACUAAGAAGUCCGUUAGAACGACCCCUAGGGGUCUUGGAGGAGUCGCAGAAAGAAAGAAAAAAAAAAAACUUCGGGGGUUGAAUCCCGACGAUCCGGUUUAUCGGGGAAACGAAGAAAACGGCUAG